AUGGCCUCGCUAGUACGAAACCCGGGGAGCCUGCGCUCCGUAUGCCGUCUGGCCCGGGCGCCUCUAAGACCUACACCUUUUCGCGCCCUCGCAACCGCUACAGAGACCCGCAAUGCCGCCGCUGCAGCACAAGCAGCCGUCGAGACUCCUCCGGUUGAGACAGCCUUCUUUCCUGAUGAACCUGUCGGACCCAGGGUCUCCACGCCCAUACCUGGGCCGAAAAGCCAGAAGGCCAUCAAGGAGCUGCACAGCAUCUUUGAUACGCGCAGCCUGAACAUGCUGGUGAACUACCAACAGAGUUACGGCAACUAUAUCGCAGACCCGGAUGGGAACGUGCUGCUGGACGUGUAUGCCCAGAUUGCGUCCAUCCCGGUCGGAUACAACAAUCCUACUCUCCUACUCGCUGCCACGAGCCCUGACAUGGCGUCGGCCAUCAUCAACCGGCCCGCGUUGGGCAACUUCCCACAGCACGAUUGGGCUUCGAUUCUCGAGACGGGGAUUCUUCGAGCUGCCCCGAAAGGCAUGAAUCAAGUGUUCACGGGCAUGGCCGGUUCCGAUGCCAACGAGACAGCAUACAAAGCCGCCUUUAUGUGGAAGCGACAACAGGAGCGAGGGGGACCAGAUGCCGAGUUCACGCCAGAAGAGAUGGAGAGCACGAUGAACAAUCAGAAGCCGGGGUCUCCAGAUAUGUCAAUCAUGUCCUUCAAGACGGCGUUUCACGGUCGCCUGUUCGGCACUUUGUCAACCACGCGCAGCAAGGCCAUCCACAAGAUGGAUAUCCCAGCCUUCGACUGGCCGCAAGCGCCUUUCCCGGUCCUGAAGUAUCCGCUUGAAGAACACGUCAAAGAGAACGAGGCCGAGGAGAAGCGAUGCCUGGAAGAGGCUGAGCACAUCAUCAAGACUUACCACAACCCAGUGGCUGCCGUUGUUGUCGAGCCCAUCCUAUCUGAGGGAGGAGACAACCACGCCAGCCCGGCGUUCUUCAGAGGCCUCCGGGAAAUCACUCGCCGCAACAAUGUACUCCUGAUUGUCGACGAGGUCCAGACAGGUGUUGGGGCAACAGGCAAGUUCUGGGCUCACGAGCAUUGGAACUUGCAAGAUCCUCCGGAUAUGGUCACAUUUUCAAAGAAAGCCCAAACGGCGGGCUACUACUUCGGGAACCCCCAGCUGCGACCGAACAAGCCCUACCGGCAGUUCAACACCUGGAUGGGUGACCCCGCUCGAGCUAUUCUUUUCCGCGCGAUCAUCAAUGAGAUCGAGAGACUGAACCUGGUGGAGAAUACAGCUCAUGUGGGCGAUUACUUGUUCUCGAAUAUGGAGAGGUUGGCCCAGCAAUAUCCCCAACACUUCCGGAACUUGAGAGGUAAAGGACGAGGCACUUUCAUUGCCUUUGACAACCCCAAGCGAGACGAGUUCCUGGCCAAAGCCAAGACCCUCGGUAUCAACAUCGGUGGCAGUGGUGUGUCGGCAGUAAGGUUGAGGCCGAUGCUGAUCUUCCAGAAGCAUCAUGCCGAUAUCCUGCUUGACGCAUUCGAGAAGUUGGCGAAGUCCUUGUAA